CGGGCCUCGCAACAACAUGGCUGCUGCUUAGCCGGGCUGCGGCUGCGGGGCUCUGCCGGAGGCCGUGCUGCCUGGCAGCCAAGGAUUGCCUGACUUGCUGCUCUGGGAAUUAAGGCAUCGGAAAAGCUCAAGAUUCUCCUUUUGCUCUGCUGUGAGAUGAAAAACUGUCCUUUGAGCAAAAAAGAGCUACAAAUGAUUGAAGAAUGCGAGACCUAACGGCUCAGGUAACGAGCAGUCUGCUGCAGUUUCCAGAGGUGACUGUUGAGGCACUUGGGGAAGAUGAGAUCACCCUAGACUCUGCACUGUGUGGGAAGUUUUCUGGAAGCAGGAGCGGCCUGGCGUGGCUGGCGUGCGGCCCCCAGCUGGAGGUGGUGAACUCGGUGAGCGGAGAGCGGCUCUCUGCGUAUCGCUUCAGCGGCGUGAACGAGCAGCCUCCCACCGUGCGCGUGGUGAAGGAGUUCUCUUGGCAGAAGAGGACUGGGCUCCUGGUUGGCUUGGAGGAAGCAGAGGGAAGCGUUCUCUGUCUGUACGACCUUGGGACCUCAAGAGUGGUCAAAGCAGUUGCUCUUUCAGGAAGGGUGACUGCCAUCGAACCCAUCAGCAAUGACGGCGGAGCCAGCGUGAGCACGCGGCACCUGCAUCAGAGCCUGCGAUGGCUCUUUGGAGUGGCAGCAGUGGCCACGGAUGUUGGCCAUGUCCUUCUGGUUGACCUUUGUUUGGAUGAUUUAUCUUGCAGUCAGAAUGAAGUAGAAGCAUCGGAUCUAGAAGUUGUGACUAGAAUUCCUGCUGAAGUUCCACAAAGAAGAGAAGCUGUGACCAGGGAAGGGAGGCAUCUCUGUUUUCAGUUACGAAGUCCUUCAGGAACAGCAGUGUCAACCCUGUGCUACAUAAGCAGAAGCAACCAGCUCGUUGUGGGGUUUUCUGAUGGCUACUUGUCACUGGGGAACAUGAAAACUUUGAAGAGGGCGCACUACACUCAUCUUGGAGGAGGAAGGAUUCCUGUCUGUGCCCUUACUUUUCAAGAGCCUGAGAAUGAUCUUCAAAAUUGUUGCUACUUGUGGGCUGUUCAGUCUACACAACAAAGUGAAGGGAAUGCUGUGAAUUUACAUCUCUUGCAGUUAGCAUUUGGUGACAGGAAAUGUCUGGCAUCAGGACAAGUCAUGUAUGAGGGUUUUACAUGCUGUGUCAAACUCUUCAGUUUAGAUCUCAGUGGUGGAAUCUUUCCCUUGAGAGGGCAGACCAGCAAUACUAAAUUCCUCAGCUUUCAGACCAUAGAAAAAUUUCACAACCAUGCAGACAGAGAGGACAGCAUUAAUGAAGUAAUCUCUCCUGACACCAGUGUAUCAAUCUUCAGUUGGCAAGUGAAUACCUAUGGUCAAGAAAAACCAUCUGUUCAUUUGGGAGUGUUUGACAUCAAUCGCUGGUAUCACGCCCAAAUGCCAGACUCACUGAGGCCAGAAGAAUUGCUUCAUGAUUGCCCCUAUUUUGCACUGUGGUCACUGGAUCCUGUAAUAAGCAUGACUUCUCCAAACCUCAUUUUGGAUAUUCUGGUACACGAGCGUAGUCUAAGUCGGGGGGUUCCUCCUUCUUAUCCACCACCUGAACAGUUUUUUAAUCCAAGCACCUAUAAUUUUGAUGUGACGUGCUUGCUCAACUCGGGAGUUGUUCACAUGACUUGCACGGGCUUCCAGAAGGAGACCCUGAAGUUUUUGAAGAAAUCUGGUCCUUUAAUAAGUGAAGCCAUUCGUGACAGCUACACUCGAUGUCUUGUCGCUGGCUUGCUGUCUCCAAGACUGGUUGAUGUCCAGCCAUCCAGUCUGAGUCAGGAGGAGCAGUUAGAAGCAGUGUUGUCAGCUGCUGUGCAGACAGGUUCUUUAGAACUUCUGACGGGAUGCAUUAAACACUGGACUUGUGAAGAGCAGCCAAGUUCUGCUGUAAAUUUACGGUUUGUUCUGGAGUGGACGUGGAACAAAGUGAUCUGUACAAAAGAUGAACUGGACCAAAUAUGUGUUCCACUGUUUGACGGCUCCUGCAACUUCAUUGACCCACAGACAUUACAGUCCCUUCAGCACUGCCAGCUGCUGCUGAGCAACCUCAGCACAGUCCUGAACUGUUUUCUAACAGAAGCCCGAGAGCUGACUGAGAAAGGUUUUUCAGACUUGACAAAUAAGCAGAUGGUAACCAGCCUCAUUUCUUUGUAUGCACAAGUGGUGAUCUGGUUCUGUCGGUCCAGUCUCCUUCCCGAGAGUUUAGAGGAUCACAUGCAUUUGUCCAGACCUUUCUACAAUUACCCUUUGAUUCAGAACUACUACACGGGUCAUCGAGAGAAACUCGAGCGCUUAUCAAGAGGCAAAUGGGAUUCUGAUUGCUUGCUGAUUGAUGGAAUGGUUUCCCAGUUGGGAGAGGAAGUGGAGAAGUUGUGGCAGAGGGAUGAAGGCGGCACUGGGAAAUACCCACCUGUUAGUUUACAUGCACUGCUGGAUCUCUAUUUGCUAGAAAGCAUUGAAGAAAGUGAGAAACAUGCAAUUACAAUUUACUUGCUGUUGGAUAUUAUCCAUUCUUUUCCAGAUGAAACAGAAACUUUACUUGUUUCCUUUCUAAAUGCCUUUGCUAUCCCUUGGGGUCUUGUUAAGCUGAUUCGAGGGCUUUGGCUCCUAGAUCACAAUGAUUAUGAAAAUUCCCUGGCCCUGCUCUUCCAUCCAGCUACAAUCAAGACUGUGUCAUGGCAACACAUGAGGAUAAUUCAGUCCCUCAUGUGCCAGGGGGAGCACAGGAGAGCCCUCAGGUACAUGCAGAUGAUGAAGCCGUCGAUGUCCAGCAGCAGUGAAGUGCGGCUCUUCCUCACCGUGUUGCUGUCCAAUAGGUGCAUGGUGGAGGCUUGGGGUCUGUUGCAGCAGCACACCACCAAGUUAAACAUAGAAGAGCUGCUCAAGCACAUGUAUGAAAUCUGUCAGGAGAUGGGGCUGAUGGAGGAUUUGCUGAAGCUGCCCUUCACAGACACAGAAAAAGAGUGUUUGGAGAAGUUUUUACAGACCAAAUCUGGUGUUCAGAAUCAUGAAUUCCUCUUGGUCCACCAUCUGCAGCGUGCCAACUACAUCCCAGCACUCCAGCUGAAUCAGUCCAUAAAGGCCAAUCUAACAAAUGAUCGUGAUCCUCGCUUGAGAGAGAGAGCAGUUACCAGAAAUUCUCUGUUAGACCACUAUAUCAAGAUCCUCCCCACAGUUCAGAGGAAGCUGGCAGUAGAGAGAGCCAAGCCGUACCGUUUGCCUUCAUUGGUCCUAAGAGAAGUGCCACGGCCAAAGCCAUUAUCAACAGCAACAAGGCAGGCUAAUGCAGGAAAUGUGCAUACAAGAACAAGUUUAAUCACUAAAGUACUAUCCAGAUUUAAAGAAGCAUGGCUAGGAAACAAGACAACCAAUUUCUCAGAAUAUAAUAAGUUGCUGGAUUUGGUGGUUCGUCCUGCUCCUUCCCGCUCUGUGGCACAGGAUGAGAGCUGGCAGUCCCCAUGCAGAGCUUCUACAUCCAGCCCCCUGAGAUCAAAUACACAUCGCUCCAGCUCCCAAAACAAUCUGCCAAGAGCAUCAGAGCUGAAUGUACUGGAAACUGCUCCUGUGGUCAAGGUUAUUGAAGACAGUGCAGUGACAGCAUAAACUUAAGAAGCAGCCUAAAAACCCACCAUAUAGUGAACUACAUUGAUAAAGCAAUCUUCAAUACAGCUAUGAUACUAUAAAGCAUCAAUUUGUACAUGAUUUGCCUCAGAAUAAUAAAGGUCAAUGUGAUGCA